CUUCAAAGUAUCACACACCUUCAAGCCCCACGCCGAUCGCACCGUCGCUUUGCCUCUCGAUUUUUCGCCGCUAGGGUUGCAGAUUCCGGUCCGAAUUUCAAAAUUCGAUAUGAGUUCUCCGACCUCCAAGGGCGGCAGAGGCAAGCCCAAGGCUUCCAAAUCCGUCUCCCGAUCUUCCAAGGCCGGCCUCCAGUUUCCCGUCGGUCGUAUCGCUCGGUUCCUCAAGGCCGGCAAGUACGCCGAGCGUGUCGGCGCUGGCGCCCCCGUCUACCUCUCCGCCGUCCUCGAGUAUCUCGCUGCUGAGGUGCUUGAGCUUGCUGGAAAUGCAGCCAGAGACAACAAGAAGAACCGAAUUGUCCCGAGGCACAUUCAGCUGGCUGUGCGAAACGACGAGGAGCUGAGCAAGCUUUUGGGAGCUGUCACGAUCGCAAACGGCGGUGUUAUGCCCAACAUCCAUCAGAAUCUGCUGCCGAAGAAGGUUGUGAAAGGGAAAGGCGAAAUUGGAUCCGCCUCACAAGAAUUUUAGGGUUGUAUUGUUGUAAUCUGGAAUUUAAUGGGUUGUAAAAUUUUGGGAAAUUUCAGGCUUAAUACAGAUUUAUUAUAGUCUUGUUUGGUA